AUGUUUCAUACAACUGUUUUACUUAUUCUGUCUGUUACAUAUCUACAGACAAUAACAAGUCAAAAUUUAAAUGGAGUAUUUUUAAUUGAUUCAUGCCAAUGUAAUUCUACAACUGAAACAUGUGAACCAAGUGGACCAUUUAUUAUAAAUCAAAAACGAUCAAAACUUUCGGUUAAAUUUGGUUCAUCACAGAUUGGUAGUGGUAUAUUAGGAAAUAAUCAACUUGAUUUAUAUUUAAAUCAAAAUAGUUGUAAAGGUUUACGGAAUGAAAGAAAUCAUUUUGCCGACUUAAGAUGUCAACAUCAAUGUGGAGUUAUUUGUACAGCAAAACUUCGUUGUAUAUCAGGUCUAUGUCUUGAUGAUCAAUCAAUAGUUAUUUCAUCAGCUUCAAUAAAAACAAGAAUU